AUGAAGCAGUCCAAAAAUCUGGAGGAGAUGCUAGUACAAUUGCAUGAGUUGCAAGAGCCAACCCCUCCACCAAUUGUCUCAAGUGGAAGGGUGGAUAUGGCAGGGUCAAACAUGGAUAUUGCAGCCAAUUCAUGCAAAAGCUUGCUGGAUCAGUUCCUGCAGGAAAGGGAGCCAACUGCUCCCCCAGCAGAUGGUAUGAAUGUGGAUCUACUCAAGCAAUUGCUGAAUGCAUGGGAACCAUUGGCACCACCAGUCACACAUGAGAAAUUAAACAGGAUGGAUGGGUCUUCAACACCUGCACAAGAUAUUACUAUGCAGGUUGAUUUUCUGGAAGACUUGCAGAAUGUGCAGGAACUGUCUCCUCUGCCCAUCACCUGUGAAUCAUCAAAUCCAAGGGACCAAUCUUGUCAACCCAAUUCUCCAACUAACCUGCUUGCUCAAUUGCAGGAUAUGAGGGAACCAACACCUCCCCCACUCAUUUCAAAUGUACCUGUCAAUUCUUCUGACUUGGCAGUGGAUAAGGACAAUGGCACAAACCAUUUGACUUUUGGCAUGCCCAAACAAUCAGAGAUGAGGGAUCUUUUCAAAGAAAUAUGCAAUGGUGAACUUCCAUCUACACAGCAAUCUCUUCAAAUGGAACAAUGGGGAUUGGCACCUGUUCCACAUUGUGAUCAAGUAUCUCACUACCACAGACACACCACUCCCAGUGACACACUGUUCAAUCCAACCUCAAUAGGCACCUUGUGUGUGCUGCAAAUGCCAUUGCAAGAGCAUUGGGCACAGCUGAAAGGGACCAGUAUGCCAUUCAUUGCCAGCCAAUCACACCCAUCUUGCCAGUCUGUGGUAGAGAUGGGUAUCCUCUACAUGGCAUGCCAGAUUGAGGUGGCCUCUGUACAUCUGAAGCAGACUGCCAAUAUUGCAGGAUGGCCCAUGCAUUGGUUUGCAAACCUAGCAAUGGACUUGCAUGCUACCAUGCAGUACCUCAGACACCAAGAUGAUGAGUUGAUGAUGGCCCAGGGCUUAUGGCCAUUGCCUGAGGUGCCAAUUGCAGACCAUCUUGAUGGCCAUAUCAAGGAGCAGGUGGUGGGCAUUGCAUGGGUUGUUGGGCAUGCUGCUUCAAUAGUUUACAUGUUUUUGACUGUGGAGUUGGUUGUAUAUACAUCACUGUGA